CCAACGUCCGAAGUUUUAAGUCUCAGGUGAGUUAAGUGAAUGACGGUAUGACCGCCGGAACCCAAAUUUAUUCCAAUCAAAGCUCCGAGUGGUCAACUUCAACCUUCGGCUUCCCCAGGUAUUCCACUCACAUACUUAGCACUACUAGUGAUAUGAUACAGUACAUAUAUGUACCUACUAUUAACUAUAAUAAGUCUGUUUUCUCCGUCUUCUUUCUCUUCUUCGCCGUCCCUCACCUUAUCUUUUUUAAACGGUACGGUUUAUAUAAGUUUGCUUUUCUCUUUUGCGAUAAGCUUAUACCACAGUGCAUGCAUUCAGGAGACAGGCGACCAUGAACAUUCUGUACACAUUAGUCCAUUCCCAUUCGAUGAUCUGACCCGGACAGAACGCAGCGCGACCAUCCCAAGUAUUCAGAAGAAGAAAAAAAGGGACUGGCAUUGUUAUACGAAAAAAAGGAUAUCGAGAUUCCGCGCUGGUACCGCUGUCACCUAUGUUUAUUCUCGAAAAACGACACACGCCCGACUAUGUCGCCCGAAUCGUUAAGAGCAUCUCGAUAAAAAUUACGUUGUUGCCAUAGUCGUAUUCAAAAUACCUCUAUUCCUCCCGCACCGAUAUACAUGCCAUAGUAUCAGCUGCGCGCGCAAGUUU